UAUGUCAAGAUUUUGUGCAUUAAACCCACACGUGACACACAUCAAAUGCAUAUGUCAUUCAUUGCAUUUAUGUACGUCAUAUGCAAUGCGAAAGUUGCCCUCUCACCUUGAAUUCAUGGUGUCACAGACAUAGAUAUUUUUCACACAGCACGCUUCGUCAACAAAAGUAUGCAGAACUCUAUUCUACAAUCAACGUGGGAGAACAACCACUGAAGUUGCUGAAGUUGUCAGGGACGCGAUGGCUGGCUAUUGCACCAUGUAUAACAAGGAUUCUGGAGCAGUAUGAUGAGCUGAAACUCCAUUUUGAGAUAUCCAAAGAUGAGGAGGAGAAGAACUACACUGCCGAUUUGUUGUACCAGAUGUACUCAGAUCCUGCCAACAAGUUGUACUUGGCUUUUCUGCAGCCUGUGGUGUCCCAGGUCAACCGGGUUAACAAAUUGUUUAAGUCAGACCGGUGCAAUGCCAACAGACUCCUGGAAGAUUUGAUGUCCCUCUACAAGUCCAUUCUCCAGCGACUCAUGAUGCCGCGAACUUUCUGCACGUGGAGAGCUGUGGCAGAUUAUGAUGUGAACGACGAACGGAACCAUCUGCCGCUGGAAGCUGUGGACUUCGGUGUGAAGUUCUACAUCGAACUGGGUCAGAGCAGGUUGGACAGCGGAAUUGUUCACACCGUUAAGAAGCACGGGCGUGACUUCCUGAUGAAGCUUCUUCAGGAGCUGCAGCAAAGGCUUCCAUCAAAUAUUAACCAUCUCCAGAGCUUGGAUGCCCUGACCCCAGAAACCGUUCUCGGAGUGAGGAAACCAAGACUGCAGGAGCUGUCUUUCUUACCAAAAUAUUCGGGGGAUAUUGGUAAGCUCGACGGGCAGUGGCAAAGACUUGCAACUGUCAGCUGGCCAAAAGAUGUGAUAAACGACUCCGAAAAGUUUUGGUUAACUGUUCACAGCCACCAGGACGCCUCAGGGGAGCGGGAUUUUAAGGAGGUAGGGCAGUUUGCUCUGUCCAUGCUUUCGCUGCCCAUUAGCAAUGCCUCUGUUGAACGGGUUUUUUCCCAAAUGAACUUGAUAAAGAAUAAACUUAGGAACAGGAUGCGUCCCCGCUCCCAGAAGCCGCCUGACACUCUGGGAGCCGCCUGACGCUUUCGCUUGGCGGCAACAGAUGCUUUUGUCGCAAUUUUUGCACAUUUGCGACGUAAAGCCACGUUCUUCUUUGGCCUAGGCAUUGUCUGCAAUGCCUCCAAGUUGAAGAAAGUGUACACCAAGAAGUAAAAGCCCGAAUAAAGGCAAUCACGGGGGCAACACCAGGUUAAGGAGCACGUAGCUUCUCUCCUUCCACGGCGUCAGCCAGCACUGGGGGGGGUAUCGAUCGCCUAGAGGCCAGCCUCCCCCCAACUCCAGUGUUGCCAACUACCUCUUUUAUAUGAAGUGACUUCUACAAAAAAAAAAAAAAACGUAAAAACGAAAAAAUCUAUAAAACAGAGGGAAAACAUGAGUAGUAAUAGCAAAAGUAUUAAAGGGCACGAUAUAAACAAACCACGCCUCCCGGCCAUUUAAUAGUUAAAAAACAUGCUUGGAACCGCAGUACUGCCAUGAAACUUCGUGGUGGUAUUGCCAAGACCUUUGGUGAUUUUUCAGUGCACUUAACAAAUUUUCAUGAAUUUACGGAUUUUUCACUGAAAAUACCGACGGAUGGAAAUUAAACUUCCCUUACAUUUGGGGUUAUACAAGGACACAUUUAUUUAUUUUGCCUUUUCUCAUUGCCCAGUGUCACAGGAAGAGGAGGAGGAGAAAACUGACAGGCAGAUAAAGACUGAUAGAUACAGCCAAACAGAUAGACAGACAGACUGAUAGAUUAACAGAUGGACUAAGAUAGACAGACUGAUAGAUUUAGAUAAAUGCCACAACUAAAAACACCCACACAAUUAAUUAAGGUAAAUAUUCCAUAAUGAAUUCAUGUUUCCUCUCUCAUUAAUUAAAAAAAAAUCAGUAUGCCUAAGUGUCAUUAAUACCACUAGUAAAAAAUUAAAUAAUGAAUUAAGUCAAUACAUAAAUAAAAUACUAUUAGAAAUUACCGAGUUUAAAUUUAUAUUAACCUAACAACACCUAUUAAUCUAACCUUGGUGAAAUGAGAAAAAAAAUUCAGUAGGCCUAGAUGUCAUUGAUCAGUACAAUAAAAUAAAAAAUGAAUUAAAGUUCUUUCAAUUUCCAUGAACCCGAGAAGACGAGGGAUGGUGCAGGAAGACGUUAGGCCUGCACACAACUCCGUGUUAGGCCUACACAUGACUGUCCCUGUAUUAAGUGCCUAACUACUCCCACUCAUCCUUAUCCAUAAAGUGAUCCUUUACAGCUCCCUAAUGACCCACCACCAACAACCUCACCUGCAUCCUUCCUGUUGUAACAAGGGACCACAAGUGCACACCAGGUCUGACCGCUGGCAAAUGUAACUAAUUUCUUCAAAACUUGCACACUUUUCCAAUAUUAUUUCUUCAAAAGUGGUAAAAGAAAACAUUAAGAACAGGAGCAGCCGCUGGAGGACUAGCAGGAGGAAUACAUAGGAAAGACGUGACAGGAGGCCUUGUGACCUAUGAGGAGCAGCAGCUAGAGGAGGAGAAGGGAGGAGCAGCAGCAGGAUGAAGGAGGAUGAGGGAGGAGGAGGAGUAAAAGAAUUGGUAGGAAUGGACAAUGCAAUGGUGAACAUGUUAUCCCCUGAAUAGGCAUUACAGCGGCCGCGCACCUAAUCACAUCCGCCAUACGCAAUAUAUUCACUCACCACCACCACAACCCUGGAGUACGUAAACAUAACUCACCACUGCCACACGCGUCAUCACAACUGCAGUACCGUGAACUAUAACACAUCACCACCGUAACACGCUUAUAUCACCACUAACAGGCUAUGACACGUGUACAAAUUACCACAGUCGUUAAAUAAAUCACCACCACCAACACCUUUACAUAACGAU